UGAGGAAAUGCGCUUGCGCGGGAGCUAACUUCCUCCACGGCUGCUGCUUCUCUUCGUUCUGUGUUGAUUGCGGCUUUCCUUUCCACACGUGUAAUCAUUCCUCUAUGUGAAUCUCGAACUGUGGGGCUCGUUUAAGUUCAUCCUCCGCCGUCAGAGUAGGUGUAAAGCCAUAAAAAACGAGAACUAUGGGGGCUUAUCUUUCGCAACCGAACACAACCAAGACCUCCGCUGAUGGCGGCAACAGCAGCAUAAGCUAUGGUUUCUCUGCCAUGCAGGGCUGGCGUGUCUCUAUGGAGGAUGCUCACAACUGUGUACCAGAGUUUGACGAGGAGACAGCCAUGUUUGCUGUGUAUGAUGGACAUGGAGGUGAAGAAGUUGCUCUCUACUGUUCAAAGUAUCUUCCUGAAAUCAUCAAGGAGCAGAAGACAUACAAAGAUGGCAAAUUGCAAAAGGCUCUGGAGGAUGCUUUUUUGGCCAUCGACGGUAGAAUUACAACAGAAGAAGUUAUCAAGGAGCUUGUCCAAAUCGCCGGACGUCCCAUAGAGGAGCCACCUGCAGAAAAGGUGGCAGAAGAGGAUGAUUUGGACACAGAAGAGGCAGCUUUGCUUCAUGAGGAGGCCACCAUGACCAUAGAAGAGCUGCUGGUACGAUACGGACACGCCCUCAGUGCUGCCAAAAAGGCAUCCAGCUCACAUCCUGAGCCUUCAACAGACAAAGGGGAAGGCGAGAAGAAAGAGGAGCUGAAUGGAGAGGUGGAAGACGAGGCUAAUGGGAAGGUGAAGGAAGGCGAAGGUGCAGCAUGCAGCUCAAAGUUGCGAACCUGUCGGGCAGGAGGAGGUGAAGGCAGCAGCAAAGCAGGCAACACCGUCAAUACAGAAAGUGCCAAUGGUGAGGAAAAAGCUGGUAAAGCAGAAGGAGAUGCUGGUCCUUCCUGCUCCUCUUUGCGCUCUUCGGGUGCAAGAGAUUCAAAGUCAAAAUUCUUUGAUGACAGUGAGGAAUCUGAGGAAGGAGAGGAGGAGGAGGAAGAGGAGGGCAGUGAUGAAGAGGAUGUUAGUGAAGAGGAAGAGGGUGACAGCAGUGAGUUGGAUGAUGAAGAGGAUACAGAAGAGGGAGAGGAAGAUUCAGAGGAAGAGGAGGAGGAGGAGGAAGAAAUGUGUCUACCUGGAAUGGAUGGCAAGGAGGAGCCUGGCUCAGACAGUGGCACCACGGCCGUUGUGGCUCUGAUCCGAGGAAAGCAGUUGAUUGUGGCCAAUGCUGGAGACUCGCGCUGCGUGGUCUCUGAGCGAGGCAAAGCUGUUGACAUGUCGUACGACCACAAGCCAGAGGAUGAGGUGGAACUGGCUCGUAUCAAAAACGCUGGAGGAAAAGUGACUAUGGAUGGACGUGUCAACGGUGGACUGAACUUGUCCAGAGCAAUUGGUGACCAUUUCUAUAAGAGGAACAAGGCUUUGCCCCCAGAGGACCAGAUGAUUUCUGCAAUGCCAGACGUCAAGGUUCUGACACUUAACGAGGACCACGACUUCAUGGUCAUUGCCUGCGAUGGCAUCUGGAAUGUGUUGAGCAGUCAGGAGGUGGUGGACUUCAUCAGUGAGAGGAUGAAACCAGAUCAGAGCGGCAAAAUCAGAGCUCUGUCAUCCAUAGUGGAAGAGCUGCUGGACCACUGUUUGGCCCCCAAUACAUCUGGCGACGGGACAGGGUGUGAUAACAUGACCUGUGUCAUUGUCACCCUUCGGCCACACCUGGCUGCUGUACAGUCUGAGGACACAAAGAAGAGGAAGCAGCAGGACGACGCAGAAGGAGCCGAGCUGGAGGAGAAUGGAAACAACAGCAAAAAGCCUAAAAGUGACUAAAGGAGAAAAGACCCCAGAGGGAGCAGCUGACCCCAGGCCACCCCAAAAACACCAGAGACUCAUUCUGUUCAAUAUUAAUUCUUUACCUCACAAACUCCAGUUCACCCUGAGACAGAAGUCACUAAUGCUAUAAGUCUGCUCAAAGAUCAGUGAAACUAAGAUCAGUUUAGCUUUUGUUUCUGUUUUAGACGGAUUCUCACUCUAACACCCCUCACGUUUUGUUUUUUUUUGUUCUAGUUAAAAAUUUGAAAAAAUGUCAACGUUUAGAACUCCUUGCUGCUCACUGACAUAUAAAUACCUACAUCCUUUUACAUGUAUUUAUAACCAGAACGAGCCAGCCUUCACCUUCACACAUUUGCAGUGCAGUUGUUGGAAACAUUUGGAGACUGUUAGAAUUUGAAGGUUUAUGUAGUGACCAACAUCUGCUUGCAUUUGCUGUUCCAGUGUGACGUGUGUUUCCAUUGCAGUUUCAUGAUUUAAAUACUGUUAUUAGAUUAAUCAAACAGAGAGCGAUCUCAAGAAUGGCAACAUUUUGAAUGUAGAACUACUUAAUGCAUCAAAUUGAAUAUUCAAGCUCAGAGACUGCAUGUGUGAAUCUAGUGUUUCACUGAAUUUGACAGGUUUGAUUGCUUUCAGAGGAGCAGCAAAGGGAUGAUUGAGUAUUUGUCCAGGUCCUAUUGGUUUUUCGUUACCACCUCUUUCCCACAUUUGUUUUGUUUGCACCACGCCCUGAACGGUCCAUCAUCCUGCUGCCUUCUAUAUUUUCAUUCCUGCUUUUUUUUCCCCUCAUGUCACGGAAAAGAUGCCACGGUUUUUGGGAGCUUGUGUACUUUCCACCUGUCUCAGACGAUCACAGGGAGACGAGCAAAGGGAGGAACGUCUGGCCUGUGUGUGUUUGAUGCCCUGGACCAGAGCUCAACACACAGUUUCCAGGUCUCUACCAACUACGCUCCCUCUUUGUCCCUGUUUCAGCUGUAACACCUUUUUAAGACUCGCUCUUGAACAUGUGUUUUAAGUAAGAGAGAAUGAAUUUCCCCUCGAAUGCUGAUCAUUUUCAUUUUUGCUGAAUUAAUUCUCUGGUUUAUAAAAUCACUUCUGUGAACGCCUGACAACGGCCUGACGCUUGAGUGAAGAGAGGAUACACAAAGGAAACUUUGAGUGGAAGUAUGAAGACUGUAACUGAUUUUCUUUUUUUCCCAAGGCUUCGUUUCAAACCACAUUGUGACUACGUUUGUUUCCAGUGUACUAUCUCGUCACCAUGCCCUUUUUUAUGUACAUAGUUUUUUCAAUACUUGUAAUUGAAGAAAAUGCUUUUUCUUUGUAAUUGUAAGUCAAUGUGACAUUUUUGGUGGAUACUCUUUUUGACACCAGUAUGUAAGUACAUACAAAUACAUUUUUUUUAAAAUAA